AUGACCCGCUUUACCAAAGUCGCAAUCAGCAUACCUGACCUCCACCCCGAAGUCCACCUACACGCAAUCAAAAGCAGACUUCGACCUGGAAAAUUCCAUGAGACAAUCACAGUAGCCAAGCCGAGGACCCUUGCAGAGUUUCGCGAGAAAGCAAAAGGCCAAAUUGAUAUCGAAGAGCUCAGACAAGCUCGGAAAACUGAGAAGUCAAACUACCGAGAAGACGAUAAGAGCUUAAGCACUAAGAAAAAUUUUAAAUUAACCCCUCGCUUUGAUUCUUAUACGCAGUUCAAUACUAAGAGAGAGGACAUAAUCAAAGAGAUCUUGAAUUCGAAGCUGAUCAAGCCACCAAGAAAGGCCGGCACCUAUCAAGACACAAAGAAUAUGGACAAGUCUAAAUAUUGCGCUUUCCACCAGAAACACGGUCACAACACCGACAAUUGUGUGGUGGCCAAAGACCUUCUGGAACGCCUAGCCAGGCAAGGACACCUCGACAAGUACAUUGGAGGUCACAUACAAAGGCGCAUCACAGCUUCCACAACAAACGAUUCCUCCGAACAACAAAACCAAGGAAAAGACAAGACACCUUCAAGCCAAUACGAAAAACCACAAGGUAUAAUCAAUUUCAUUUCAGGAGGGUACGCAGGUGGAGGAUCCUCAAAUUCGGCAAGAAAAAGAUCGUUCCGAGCAAUAUGCUCGGUGAACGGGCCACAACAAGAGGCCGAAAUGACAAAUCAACAACCACAAGUAACUUUUACACGCGCUGACUUCAAUUCCAGCAUACAAAACUUGGACGAUCCUGUUGUAGUCACUCUUCAACUAGGGGAUUUGUUGGUAAGGAAAGUACUCUUAGACCCCGGAAGCAGCACCGACGUUUUAUUCUAUUCCACAUUCCAAAAAAUGAAGCUCAGCGACAACAUGCUGCAGUCAACAGAAGGAGACUUGGUUGGAUUCUCAGGAGAGCGAGUUCCAAUACUGGGUUCAGUGUGGUUGCAAACCAAACUGGGUGAGCAUCCUCUUUCAAAAACAUAUGAUAUUCAAUAUUUAGUGGUCGAUUGUUUUAGUCCAUAUAAUCUUAUACUUGGCCGACCUUUUCUAAACAAGUUCGGCGCAGUUGUUUCUACAGUUCAUCUGUGUGUUAAGUUUCCCCUGCAAGACGAUCAAGUUGUAACAAUCCAUGGAGAUUAUAAAGAAGCACGGUAUAAUCAAAUCCUCAUGCACCCCUCCGAUCAAAGUAAAACGGCAUUUAUUACUGAUUUCGGUAACUAUUGUUAUAAAGUUAUGCCAUUUGGAUUAAAGAACGCAGGUGCAAGUUACCAACGUCUUAUGGACAAAGUCUUCGCCAAACAAAUUGGCACAAAUAUCGAAGUCUAUGUCGAUGAUAUGGUCACCAAGACAUAG